UUCGUCCGUCAGCGACUGACGUCAUCUAUGACCAUCUUUUUCCAAAUAAAGUGGUACAUUUACAAAAUAGAAAAACCAGAAUCUUCAAUUAAAACCAAUUGAAUUGUCCCAUAAUAUUAGUAGCAUAACAUGGCAGAUCCAAAAUACGAAAAUCUUCCAGGCAUAGCGUAUGACCAACCCGAUGUUUACGAAACCGGCGAUCUACCCGAGGUGGACCAGCAGGAGCCUUACGAGGAUGAAGAAAAUGAGUACAUCGAGCAGUUGCAUCUUUCUGUGAAGGAUUCAUUCAACAAGUUCAAAGGCAAAUUCCUGACAGGAAAUGUUGAUUUUUCGGAUCGACUAAGCAGGAAAACUCGCAUAGGGUACAGAGCUGGUGAAUGGGAGCUUGCAGCAAAAGGAGAACCUGAGUCAUCUAUUGAGCGCUACAACAGACUCCGGUGUGAGUUUUCUGAACUGCUGGAACAGGUUACGGAACAGCAGAACAAAGCUACAGAGAGUGAAAAGGAUGAACAUUCCAAACUAGCGGUACAAAUUAAUACAACCAAAAAACUUCUAGAAGAACUGAAACUUGAAGAAGGCGAACAUAUUGAUCCAAAAGCUGAAAAAUUAAAAGAAUACCUAAGUAUGAAUGGCAAGAAGAAACAAGGGGAGGUAGUCACGGCUCGACUCAAGUUGAAGCCGGAAGUGAACCUAGCGCAGACGGCAAGGAUAGCUCAGCUGGAACAUAGAUUACAUAAAUUGGAACAAGCGGCUGGCGUUAGAGACGAAGAAGCAUUUCGUAGACUGCAAACUGCCACUGGAGAGGUAACACUGUGCGGCGCGGCGUCGUCGCUGGCGAACCAAGCGACACUAUUACGCCCCGCGGAAUUGGCCGCCGCCGAAGCGAGGGUAACCUCGUUGCUCACCAACGUGGAGGCUUUGAAGGCUGCAGUAAAACCUGCGGAACCCGAAGUUGAAGAAAAGGUGAAGGAGUUAUACAAACUACUAAUACAAAUAGAUGGCGUUUCGCAUUCCGAAAUAUUGGAGAGGAUGGAGGCGUUAGAAGCUCUGCACAACCAAGCUAGCAACUUCGGCAAGUCCUUAACGGAGUUGGAAACGCUACAGAGCACCAUAGCGAGUGGAGUUCAAAACAACAAAGAACUACUUCAAGGGGUCCAAGAGGUGUUUGCGCACAACAUAGACAGCUUACAGAGGGAAAUAAAGAAAUUAGACGAGCGAAUCUCCAAAUUAGCUACAGCGUGAUGCACAGAUAAUAUUAGGCGCGCUUAAAUUUUUUAUCUGUAGACUCAGGGUUGCUAUGUAAAAAAAAUAUAUAAACACUAUUUGGUAUUAAUUUUGUUGUACAAAUCCUAGACCCGAUUGUCUUAUUAACGAUAUCUUUACUAAUAUUAUAAAUGCAAAACUUUUUGUAUUUGUCUUUCCUUGGCGUUCUAACUAAGCAACAAAACAACUCGAUUUUUAUUUUAUUCAUUGGCAUAGAGUGGAAGAUAGCACAGUUUUUUAUCACAUGAAAACAAAUGGUUUUGUAUCAAUCGUGGGCAACAGCUAGUCGGAUAUUAAAAUGUUAACUGUCCAAAAAAAUUUGUGUACGUCGCCACAAAUACCGUCACCAAUAGUGGGUGGGGUAUGUUAAGAUUCGAAAUUAGGGAUCUGAACGAAAAUAAAUUGAUUGUAAAGUCAACAUCUGAGGAUGCCCCGGUUACAGAGCGAAACGUGCGUAGAUUACCGUACAUUGCCGAAGAUCUG